AUGGCUUCAAGUAAUUUUUUAACUGUGAAAACUCAUUUAUCAGAAUUUAAAAAUAAUUCAGAUAAAGAUACGUUGAGUGAGGCCUCUGAAAGUGGUACCAGUAAUUCAGUGACGUCAGCGGAAGAGCUCCAGAAACUUGCUUUGAUUCUUGGUUUAAACAGUGCCGAAGAUGUAUACCAAGAAAGAUUUCGCGUUGACAGGCGACGAUUGGAAGCUAUGCUUGCGGAAAAUUUGGAAGAAUCACAGACUGCUCAAGCGUUCUUCCACCGGGUGAUGAACGAAACCAACACUUUAAUAAAUUGGCCUGCUCGUCUGAAGAUAGGAGCACGCUCUAAAAAAGAUCCUCACGUAAGGGUUGCUGGGCGGCCUGAUGAUGUAAAGCUGGCACGUGAAAAAAUUAUGCAGUUACUGGACACCAGGAGUAACCGUGUUACGAUGAAGAUCGAUGUCAGCUAUACGGAUCACUCGCAUAUCAUCGGAAAGGGCGGUCUUACGAUAAAGCGCGUAAUGGAAGAGACAGGGUGCCACAUCCACUUCCCGGACUCGAAUCGCACCAGCACCGUGGAGAAGAGCAACCAGGUUUCUAUUGCAGGCGAUAUGGAACGUGUUGAACGCGCCAGAGCACGCGUUAGGAGUCAAACGCAAGUGCAGAUGUCGUUGGAAAUCUCCCCGAUGCACCACGCAGUAGUGAUGGGCCGCGGCGCGGAGCAGCUCAAAGUGAUAAUGAAGGGGACCGGGACUCAGAUCAUGUUCCCGGACGCGGACGAUCCCAACAUUCCCGCGCUCAAGAAGAGCUGCGUCACUAUCACCGGACAGAUCAAGGACGUAUACGCCGCCCGGCAACAGCUCGUGGGGAGCUUGCCGCUGGUGGUUAUCUUCGAUGUAUCGGAAGAUUCGUGUCGCAUAGAAGCGGAGGCGGCGACGAAGCUGAUGCAGAAACACAACGUAUACAUCAAUAUUCGCCGCAAGCCCAAGCAGGGCAUCGCUUCUGUCGUCAUCAAGGGCAUCGAGAGAUGCGCCGGUGGCAGUCCGGUGUGUGGGGGAACAUCGUACCCGCUGUCCCCGCCCGUGUUCCCCGCCUGGCUCGUGCCCUCCCCCCAGCACAACCAGCCCUUCACCUACCCCACCCAGCACUACAAGCACCAGCCCGCCGUCUGGAACCCGAUAAGCAACAACGCUGAGAUGAACAUGCAGCAACCCAUGCUGAUGCCUCAAUACCAGCAGAUGCCAGACAACAGGCCAACGAGUUUGAGCCAGCUCCUGAACUCGAGCUCUCAGGCCAGUAGUGGAUACCAGAGCAACUUCACCGGCAGCUCAGUGUCUCUGGACACACAAAAUAUAUCAGAAAUAACUGAUCUGGCCAAUAUAAUAUCGGACCUGCCGCUGUCCGAGCGUAGAGCCGUGGGCUGCGAGAAAAAAACACUGGAGACCCUCAACAAACUGUCACCGUUGUCCGACUAUCGCAAGAUGAAGGCCGAAGCCAAUAAGGUAUGUGUAACGUGUGCAGGCCAUGAGGGAGAGUGUCGGCAGCGGAUGGAGGGUCCCCACCCCCCGAUGGGCCGGACACUACUUCAGCCACACCUCGCCCGGGCCCCUCACGCUGCACAACCCCCCGCAACACGGGGACACAGCCACGGUCAGAUAUUUAUCUACUAUAUUUAUACUAUGUAGCACAGAACACAGAAAGACGUUUUCUGCGUUUUGUGCUAUAUACGGUCAGAAAUCUCUAUCUACCUUCACGACACCGACCGCUAGAAAAAUAUUAAUAAAUAAAUAUUAAGCACUUACUACUAAUGAGCAUAUUUUCAUCAAUGUAUAUAAAAUAUUUGUUUCACCCAAACAGCUGAAACAAAUAUUUUAAACUUUCGAUUUAAAUGAAAAUUUGUUCUAAUUAUUAUUAAUUAAGAAUAUUUUUCAGUAUAGUAGGUAAGUGCUUGAAAAUAUCGUCAGUUCUGUUAGCUCUUGGCUAGCUCAGUGGUUCGAGUCCCAUCCCAGAGUACCUGGGGCUUCAUAUCCCGCGCUGUGGCAUGAUCGAUCAAAUAUAAUUAAUAAAUAUUAUACAAAAUGACAUAUAUAGCUCUGAUUCCUAUAUGCGUUACUAAAGCAUUAUGGAAAAUCCAAAAUAACGAAUAUACCGCACGAAGUCCUCGAAAUAUUUUCUGUUCACUCUUUUCUGUGUAUGUUUGGCGCAGUGGUUAGCGCGCUCUGUCUGCGCAACUUUCACAAUGGAACAAUCAUAGAAUGGGUGACUUAACAGCAGUGAGGACGUAAAAGGACUGAUAAUGAUGAUGACUUGUAUGUUGUUUAUUAUAUAUAUAGUUUUGUAUGUAAUAGCCGGAGAAAGGCUGGAACCGCGUGGAACUGUCUCGUCCGAACAUCGUGGAGACGUCGCCGUCGCCGCCGUCGCAGCCGCCGGCCGCCGGCCGUCCGUGCCGGUACAAACAGCUGUACGACUUGCUCGGGGAUAUAGGCCUGCAGAAAUACAUCGAUUUGUUCAAGAAGCACGAGCUGGACAUGUCUACGUUCGCGUCGCUGAACGAGGCGGAUCUCACGGAGAUCGGCGUCACAGCGUUCGGAGCCCGCAGGAAGAUGCUGCUAAUCAUCGCAGAGCUGCAAAAACAAUCGUGCGGGCUGAAGGGAGCUGCAGGUUCCAGUGCACGUAAGCUACCCACAUCGCCACCGUAUAACACGCCAGCACUCACCGAUAAAUGGUAACACCUGACAGGGUGCAGGGUACCUACAGAAGGGUCACUUAAUAUCGCCAUAUCAUGUAUAACGCUGGACGGAACACUAUAUGGAUUCUAAGUCUAACAAUUAUUUCAAAUGAAACUAUAAGAAACUGUUUUUUUGAUGAUAUUCAAAACCUUCAAGAUGAAUUUAAUUUUUAGUUUAUAAUGUACUUACUAAAAAAUCAAUUUGUGUAUUGAAAAAUUUCGUAUUGAUUACGAACUAGAUAGGCGUUAUACCUAUCUCGUUGACAACAAUUUCGUUUAAUACUUUGUAGAAAUCGGUAUUGUAUAACGGACGAAUCUACGUGUUUCACGUAAAAGCCUCUCGGAAUGAUCACUUGACGGUUGACAACUAAAAAGCUAUUGAGUAAAUCAAAAAUUAUGAUUUUUGUUGGGACCAAAAAAUAUAUUAACAUUCUAUACGGACAAGCGAAACCUUCGAAAGGUGUCGAAAACGUGAAGCCUCGAUCCGAGGAAAAGGUUACCUUAUACGAGAGCUGCCAAAAUACGUCGAAGUUCUUUUUCCUGUUAUGAGAUUCGCCUCGACAAUAUUGUGUUCCGUCCCGACCUUCACGGGGCGACAACACUGACUACACGACUCGCUAAUUUAUUGCCAGUGGAAUAAGUGUAAUGCGAUAAUAUACGUUCCUACAGUAAGACUGAUAAUUCUAAGGGACGCAGCCGCACCUCUUGUCCGCGCAUUUUUUCAGUUCCCGAUCAACUAAUUAAUCAGUCGAUAAUCCACUAAGCGACGCCGAUCGAGAGUUGCGGCCGCGCCGCGAUCGAUCACGUGAUGUAUCGUUGAAUUUUUGAGAUUUUAUCAAGUAAUUCUAUUAUUUAUGUAAGUUGUUUUUAAUAAGUAAAUAUUUUUAUAUGAAUAGCUAAAAGCGAUACGACGAUUUGAUCUCUAUCAUAGACAAUUGUUGAAGUAAACGGGCCGGUCACGCCUUCAGUAUAGUUUGUAAGUAUUACUUUUUAUAGAAUUUUAAUCAUAGUUAAUAAGGAGAGCAUGUUUUAUUUUUUGAUUUUUUUUAACAAAACACUUUUGUAUUACAUCUUAACCGUAUAUUUUCCGACUUAUUUAUGUGAUUAUCAAGAUAUUUGGCAUACCAUUUUAACUUUUGAUUAUUGUAGAAAUUUUGGAAAGUCAAUCCUUUUAGUAUUAGUUUGGCUAAUUGAAACUUUCCUUUUGAUAGCAUAUUUUAAAUAAUAUGAUUAUAAAGGAAAUCAUGGGUGAUUGACAACAUUCCGUAAAAUAAAUCAUUACAUCAAAUAGUGCCUAGUGGACAGCGAAAGAAUAUAUCGUAAUUUGACUUGAUUUUAAAUAGGACUCGUUUCAAAAAACUCACGAAUCCGGGUGACGAUCCUACUGCCUCCGCGUCACCACGACACGGCUGGAAUAUUUUAAUCAGUUAACAUGGAAUAUAUUUAUCACUAAUCAUUAUGUUUUGUUGUGAUUAUGAAUUUGAGUUUUUUUUUUUUACUAAGUAUGCAUUUUUGAUUUUAACCUUAUUAACAUGCUAAUUUAUUUUGAAUGCGUAUAAUGUCUUAAAUUUUUAUAUUUUGUGUAUUGUAUUGUAAAGUUUUGGUACAUAACGUAUGUGUUGGUCCCUGUUUAAAUAUCUAUUGUUACCUAGUCGUGUCUUCAAUAACCACGGAGUUAUGUAUCAAUCCUUUUAUUUUAGUUCUUUAAAUGAUCAGAAAUAUGUUAUUGUUUUAAUCAUGAACUUGUGAUUUUGAUAAAUAUUUUUAAAGUGUGAUUAUGAGAUGUUAGACAUUAGUCUUUCACUGAUUAUAAAAUACAACAUAGGUGUCUAAGUAAUUACAUGAAAUUAAAUAACUCUAGCAAUCAUUAUACACGAUGAGUUAAGAAUACUUAUUGAUGGAUUAAUUUGUUUCUCCUCAUAUAUUCAAAGUAUAUAAGUAAGGAAGUUUUGCACGAUUGUUUUAAGUUUUGCUUGUCCGAUUAAAGUUUAUAUUUAAAUUGUUGUUUUUAUUUACAUUUAAAGUAUAAUUUACUAGCUGCUUUCCAGCGACUUCACACGCGUAUGAUGU